CCGGGUGUGCGUCUGUGUAACUGAAAACAGCACAUCUCCCACAGACGCCCAAACAAAGCCCUACUCUGCUUCCUCUCAUUUCCGUCUCCUCCAGCAAAACAGCCAGCCAUUGCUCCCGCUCCGCCGCCCGUAAAGGUCAGAAACGUCGACUGAAUUUCCGAAUUUUCUCUGAUUCCAAAGAGUAUAUAUUUCUGAUUGUCGGUCCAUUAGGAUGCUUUGAAUGCCCUAAAUUUAAGAUUUGAUUGCGUUUGAGCUGAAAUCGAUGCGUUAAGAGGUGGAUGAGAGAGUGAAAAAUUAUGAAUAAGCUGAUUGAAUUCGGAAAGAAAGCUCUGUUCUAUGCGAGGGUUCUUUCCGGCUACGAAGAACGGAGAAUCCGAUCGUUUCGGUUGGAGGUUGAAAAGCCCCUGAAAGAGGCAACUGCGCGGAAGUUAGCCUUAAGAAAGAUUCCUGAACAAACUAUAUUAUCGGAGGUUCGCCGUAUGGUCGAGGAGAUGCAAACUUUAAAUAGGAAGCUGGAAGAAACUGAGGCUCAAAUUGAAGAGUACUUCAAGCCGAUUGACAAAGAGGCUGAGAUGAUUAUGAAAACGCAACUUGAAGGAGAGGAGAGGACAAUGAAGGAGAUGAUGAAAGCCAUGCAUCAGCAGGCUUUGCUUGAGAAAACAGAAGCGGAGAAAGAAGCACAAAAGAAAUUGGAAACAGACCAGAAGAACCAAGAGUCAAGACCCAAGACCCAGCAUCUACAGCGGCCCCCUUGAAGCUUAGGUGAGAUGAUUUUGUAGUACGAAUAUGUGUAGCUUUAGGAUGAUUCCUACAAGAGCGUUUUAUCAGUUUUGACUGUUUCAAAAACCGUGCUUUGAUAUGAAUAUAAACGAAGUACAUAGUGUACUUACAAGUUUUACUA